AUGUCCAACGUUGAACGACUCGUUCAAAAUAUGUCUCAGGCUUCGACACGGCCUCGGGCGAACCUCGAGGAAAGACCAUCAGUAGGUGUCAGAGCCUCUGCGGAUUCUCCUGGGCAGUCUGGCAUCCCGAGCCCCGUUGCCGAGCCCUCGAACCAGAAACUACGGAACAACAACAAUUCAAAUCGGGAAACUGAAGACCAAGCUCCCUUCUCGGGCCUGCUCCCGCUCCCAGUUUUGCUCGAGACAAUCGAUAUUUACUUUGAGUGUUGCCAUAAUCAGCCCUAUGGGUUCUUCCACGAAGGCAACUUCCGAGAAAGCCUAUGGAAAGGGCAAAUACCAAAUCAUUUAUUAUUCGCCGUAUUGGCCUCUGCCAUGCGCUUCUCCAAGAAUCCAUUCUUCGACAACCUUCACAAUGCCGCAGUGCUCUACGCCAACAAGUCGUGGAAAAUGGUGGUGUCGACCUGCUUUUCCAACAACCAAACUGCAGAUUUGCGUAUGGUGCAGACUCUUACUCUUUUGUCGAUUUUUGACUUUACAGCCGGCAAGAACCGCCAUUGUUUUGCAUGGAUAAAGAUAGGGCUUGCAGUACGCUUUGCCCAGGACAUGAAAUUCAUGCUUGAAAGUGCCCACGAUUUACCUUUUGCCGUCCAAGAGGAGCGACGCCGAGUUUUCUGGUCAGUCUACCUACUGGACAGGUUGGUUUCGUGUGGACGAGCACGUCCGCCGGCCAUACUUGACGCGUCAUGCCAACUUCAACUUCCGUCUGAUGAAGAUACCUGGAGAUCGGGUGCAUGGAAAGAAGUUUUGACGUUGCAGCAACUUUCGUACCGAGAACUCUCAACCCCGGAACAGUUGGGUCCGUUUUCUCACGUGGUGGCCAUGGCGUACACGUUGGGCAGAGCGGCACAGUACAUGCUGCAACAAUUCAACACUCGAAGCCAAGAUCCACCUUGGGGUGCCAAUUCGGAUUUUGUGGCGAUCCAAUCCGAUCUUGUGUAUCUCGAAACCGUUCUACAAAUGUCCAAAUCGCCCACCGAUCUCGUGGCCGAACAUACUUCCCCAGGGGGCCGCCACAUCGACCAACACGCGAUUGGACCUGCGAUAUUCUCUCGCGCGCUGUUCCAUCUGACCUAUUGUUUGUUGCACCACCCCUUCCUGCUACGCAAACGGUUAGAGUCGUGUCAAAUAGCGGCGCCGUCGACUUUUCUUACGCGAGCAUUCGAAACUGCCUGGGAACACUCUAGAAGAAUGACCAAACUUUUACAAGAGGCACAAGAGGCCGGCGCCAUGCUUCGGGCGUCGUUCUAUGGUUAUUGCAUGGUGGUGGCAGGGUCCAUUGCCGCACUCCAUCUCCAUGACGUUUCAGACGCCAAACGAGCAGAGUCGGCAGACCUGGUGAGGGCCAAUACAUCGAUCAUCGAAAAAAUCGGGAGACACUGGAGGAAUGUCUCUCUGAUGGCAAUUUCCUUUCGGAAUUUCGUGGAAGACACGAGUCGCUUCGCCCACCUGGCGUCGGACGCGGUGAACGUUGCCGUCUUGUCCCCCGAAGACUGUGAGGCCAUGUGGGCGAUGGUCGACUACAGUACCAUGUCGGACGUGUCUGCCAGGGCUCAGACGCAAUUGUCCCCAGCGGCCGAGUUUUGGAUGGACGGCAGCAUGUCGUGGCAGGACCUGUUCGGUCGGUUCGACACGAUGAACCAAGGAGCGCAACAACAAAUCACGGGGCCGGACACGAACCAACGCGGCGUGCUGUUCCCGGAGGUGGAGAAUUACCUCGGACAAAACAUGUUUACGUAG